UUAGGAUCUCUAAAAAUCAUGCAGGCACAAGUGAGGCAACUCCCCUGUUGUUGAAGGUACACGUUGAAGAUUCAGAUAAUGAUUUUGUACACCCACCACUGUAUAAACAAAUGGGGGCUACUAAUUCUAGGUCUCACGAUCAACAUAGUGCUGCCUACCAUCCAGAUUGCUCUUGCGUUGAAAAUGUGGUUGACUGAAACAGUUAAUUAAUAAGGAAAUAAGCAAGCUCCAAGCGGAGAACAAGGGGUUGAAAGAGGAGCUUAUGUCGAUGAAGUCAGAACUAUCUAAGAUGAAUGUAAACAUGCGUCAAUCAAACAAUUCUUUGAAGCUCAAUGAGGUCAUUCAGAGUUACAAUGUGUUGAAAGAUAGCUUGAGUGACAUUAGGUUGUCUCUUAAAAAUUUUGUUGAAUCUGUAUCUGACAUAGUAUCUUCGGUGAUGGAUGAACUUCAUAAGAAGUUGAGUGGUAAAGAUGUUUUGACGGAACAAGUGCCGAAAGAUGAUGAUGAUGUUGACAAAAAGGGUAAGGGUCACAUGGAACUUGAGUCGAAAGGUGAUGAUGUUGCUGAAAAAAGUGACAACGUUCACAUAGAACCUGAGCAAAAAGGUGAUGACGUAACUGAAAAAGUAGACAAGGGUCACAUGGCACCUGAGUUUUCACAUGUUCAUGAUGACUAUGUUCUUGAAUCUCCUUCAUUUGAUCUAGGAGUUGGCUCCUCACAAACACCUAAAAGCUCUGAUGAUAUAUCUUUUGCCAGUAAAGAAGUGCAGAAUCGGGUUGAUGAUGCUAUUGCACGCGUGUUGGAAUCUACUGAACUUCAUUCCAAAGAUGAAGAUACACCUGCACCACCAUCAUCUGGACUACCCGUGAAGAGAGCACAAAAGCCAUCAAAAACUCUGCAGUCACCUUUUGUUAAGGUCGAUUGA